AUGUGGCAAGUCUUCAACACCUGCAAGUCAAAGCGCCCGCUCCUGGUCGCAAAGGCGUGGGACGACGACGCCGGCCAUUCCUACACAGAGGGCUUCAAGGUGGUGCCCUUCGGCAGCUACGCCAACCUAACGGACGAUGGGACGCGCGACCUGGUGUUCUCGACGGGGCCGCCCGCCGGCGGCGCGAAGGGCCGGCUGACGCUCGGCCGGCCGCUGGGGUCGUCGUGCGCGGACGCGGAGCUGAGGAAGGGCAAAGACAACACGCCGAUCGGCAGUCACGGCUACUGCCUUAUAGUGGGGGACGACAUCAGCAAGAAGUUCAGCAUGGCAUGGGGGGAGGACGACAUUUACGAGUAUGUGGUCACAGGCGCUGCUGUGGGCGGCAAGACACUCAAAGGCAAGAAGUGUGACGGGUCGCUGCACCCGGGGGCGGUGUUGCUGGAAUUCAACUCGGAAAUGUGCACCCCAGGCUGCGGCGCGCGGCUGAGGCUGACAGAAUGCUGA